AUGGGCUUAGUAUUGCACGUGUUUCUCGCUGUGGCACUUGCUUGCGGAUCAUACCUCGCCUACGUUUCUUAUGUAUCUCCUACUGAUGAGGUCAGAGUGGAGGAGAAUGGUUGGUUUGGAGAAGGUGAAGUGCGUCCAGAUGAUCUGAGCGUGUACCCGUUUGAAGUGAAUGUCACACCAGAUGCACUCCAAGAUCUGAAACUACGGCUAGAACGGAGUCGUAUCAGUCACACCCAUCUAGAAGACUCAGAUGAUUUCUGGUAUGGAUUCAAUUCCAACGAAUUGGAGGUAUUCAGGCAGUAUUGGUUGAAGAGUUACGAUUGGAAGAAGCACGAGAAGAUUAUCAACCAAUUCAGACAGUUUAAAACUGAGAUUGAAGGCGUCAAGAUCGCUUUCGAAGUUGUUGCCCCGUCGAUUCCUGGCUACGGAUGGUCUGACCAACCAAAACGAUCAGGCUUUAGCCAGGUAGCAUGCGCUCGGGUUUUCCGAAAGCUGAUGGAGCGGCUCGACAUCAAGAAGUUUUAUCUGCAAGGAGGCGACUGGGGAGCGCUAGUCACUAGCAAUCUCGCUAAACUCUACCCAGCUCAGGUAUUCGGCCUUCAUUUGAACAUGCUAGCAGCUUUGCCCGAUGCUUCGUUGAAGGUGGCAGCACUCGAAAUUUUCGGAUCAUUUUUUCCAAAGUGGGUAUUCUCUUCUGCUUCUCACCACAAUUACAAUUUGUUCGCAACGAUGGCGGCUAUCAUCACUGAGAGCGGGUACAUGCACAUUCAGGCAACUAAACCAGAUACUGUAGGGGAUUCUGGAAUGAUUCCUUUGGGUAAUGACUCUGAAGUUUUUCACAGCAAUAGAACGCAAAGACGCUAUUACAACCGAACUGCGCUUAACGAUUCUCCAAUCGGACUGGCUGCUUACAUCCUAGAGAAGUUCUCCACGUGGACAAAUUCAGACCAUAGGGCACUGGCAGAUGGAGGUUUAACCAAUCUCAUCGCAACGAUUUUAUCGCGAAUUCUUCCUGGACGAUCGGAACAGAGCUUUACAGAAGCAGUAUCUUGCCGUUCCGACUGCACACUUUUCUGCAUUGAAAGAGUAUCGUUCGACAGGACGCCACCUGAGAUCUCUUCCGUGCUGUACAAUCUCACUCACUACACGGAAGCAGAGGAUGUCGGACAUUUUGCUGCCUUUGAAAUGCCUCGUCCGCUUGCUGUUGAUAUUUUUGAUUUUGUAAAGAAACUAGAGCGC